AUGGAGCUCCCCUUCAUCACCCUCGACGUCUUCACCCGCACCCGCUUCCGCGGCAACCCCCUCGCCGUCGUCACCAUCCCCGCCGGCAACCCCAAGCCCACGCAGGAGCAGAAGCAGAUUGUCGCCCGCGAGUUCAACCUGUCCGAGACCGUCUUCAUCCACGACGUCGCGGACCCCGAGACCAACCACUCGCGCCAGAUCGACAUCUUCCUCACCACUGACGAGAUCCCCUUUGCCGGCCACCCCACCAUCGGCGCCGCCGUGUCGCUGCUCCGGGGCUCCGCCCACCCCGUCACCGAGCUCGUCACAAAGGCCGGCCGCAUUGCCAUCACCCGCACCAGCGACGACUCAGCCUCGGCCACCGUCCCGCACAACGUCCAUCUGCACGCCGCCACCCUCGCCUCCUAUGCCGGCCUCUCUGCCACACAGCUGCAGGCCAAUGACGCCAUCCGCCAGCUAGAGCUUGCCGCUCCCGUCUUCAGCCUCGUCAAGGGCGUCAGCUUUGCCCUCGUCGAGCUGCCGUCGCUGGAGCUGCUCGCCGCGGUUGCUGCUGGCGGCUCCAAGUUCGACGCCGAGGGUUUCCUUGACCAGGACUGGCAGAACGGCUUCAUCGGUAGCUUCUACUAUGUCCGCACUGGCUCCUCGACUGUCGACGGCGUCCCGGUCGUUCAGCUGCGCACGCGCAUGAUGGCCGAGGGCUUCGAAGAUCCCGCUACCGGCGCUGCCUCGAGCUGUCUGGCUGCCUACCUCAGCACCCAAGGCAGCGACAAGCAGACAACGCCCGCGAGACGGUACGAAUUCACCCAGGGCGUCGAGAUGGGCAGGGAGAGCGCCAUCCAGGUCGAUGUCAACCUCAAGGAUGGCGCCCUCGACACUGUCAUCCUUGGCGGUCCAGCAGUCCAAGUCAUGCGUGGACAUGUUCAAAUUUAG